AUGGCACUUGAAGAACCACGCCAUGCUCCGACUAAUCUUGCAGUGCAAGGAAUAGUCGAGGAAGUUCUCGCAAGAAUUACUUUAGAAAAUGGCGCUUUACUUUUCAUUCAGGCACCAGCCAACGAACUAGUUCCUAAAACAAAUGGUAUACAUCGAUGGGAAGGAUGCCGAUUGGAAGAAAUAUUUGUAAAAUAUAUACAGGACGAUAUGCCAGAAGCAGAUAACGCGUUCAUCAAAGAAUAUGUGGGACGCAGGAUCGAUCAUGAUGGAAAUGAAUAUCAUGAAGCCGAAGCAAUAAGGCAAGCGAUUAAGGGAAAACAACCAAGAAUGAUCGAUCCUGCGGCUCACAUAUUCUUUGAUGAACUCUUUACCUGCUUCUGA